CCUUAGUGUGUUAUAGUGUCUAUUUGAGCUAUUUGAUUACUGAUUAUCAUCGGUCCUUUUUUUAUCAGCGGCAGCAGCUUGUCGUGCAUGCAUGACUGUAGUUGAAGUUGAUUUCCAUCCUUACGUCGGUCCACCUUAAGAACAAAAACAAAAAUAGAUCUUUCAUCCUUUUUGUCCUUUUUUCGCAUGGCAUGGUCUGAGCGCAUAGUUCUUUUUUUCGCUUGAGUACAAAGAUACUACUUGUCAUCAAUACAACAUGAAAGUCGAGGUGAAAGUAAUCGCGAGCGAGGAGCUGUCUCCUUUUUCAGCACUCAAGAACGGACACCCAUGGUCGCGGAAGUACGAGGUCCUGUCGUAUGCAGGCACGAUCAGUGUGGAAGUAAACGGGAAUACCGGCACUGUGGACGACGUUCUGACGGAGAUCGUCAACAAUCCCAGCGCGAGGGGCCUCGGUAUCACGCAGCGGGCACAAAUUGUAGGCAGCGACAGCUCGGGAAGGGGGGUAUAUGGCCUGCGCAAUACCGGCGAGCAGCAUUCUUCUCGAGACGGGACGGCCUACAAUUGGAAUGGUAAAACUAGCAAAAUGACUUCGGUCUGUAAGACCUAACUGGUGUAGUUUUUAUUUUCACAGCUUGCGUAUCAUGCGGUCGUGCUCAUGACCCGGAGUCGGUCCUGCGUUUUUUCUUUUUGCCGUAUUUCUAUUCCCUGGCCGGUCGAUACGAACUACGCGAGAAGUCGUUGAUAUUUUCAGACCGCCUUAAAACAGACCCCAAAAAAACGCACAGAGUGAACGAAAAGAGCGGAAAAGAAUGAUAGAGUUAUGAUAUCACGACAAUGAGUAAUCCUAAUCGAGGUCUCAAAAAGAGAUCAUGCGAACAAAGUGAAGAAAUAUAUCCAAAUCCUUGUCCAGGUGUCUAUCUGGCGCCAAACUGGACGCUGCGACAGUGUGGCAUCGGCAAGGGCGCAGUUCUACACCUGCGAACGACGAAGACCGUCACUUGCGCGCCACCACCAUCCGGCUGCUACCGCAUCUUCAUCAAGACGCUCACUGGGAAAACGAUCUCAAUCGAUGACGUCAGCGACAGCCACACCAUAGACGCGGUAAAGGCGAAAAUUCAGGAUAAGGAGGGGAUUCCACCCGAUCAGCAGCGAUUGAUUUUUUCUGGUAUCAGUUACAGUUUUUCAUUCGCGUCAAAAAGAAAUCAACCUCCGUGUAAGUAAGAUCUGGACACGCAUGUAGCAAGGCCGCUAGCAAAACUUGCAAUAGCAUGGGAAGAACUCGUGCUAAGCCGACAAGCGAACCUACUGAGGAUUGUCCACACGACCUCUGUGUCUCUUUCUCUGCUCUCUCGUUUGCGAUAAAAAACCUAUAUGCACUGCAGGUAAGCAGCUCGAGGACGGAAAGACCCUAAGUCAUUACAAUGUGCAGAAGAAUGCAACCUUCCACCUGGUUUUGCGCCUCCGUGGACAGGGCGACAUGGUCGACAAUCACGUGCGCCGCACGAAUCCGGCGGACGCGGCAGAGGACGUCGCGCUGGACCUGAAAAGCAUCCACAUCGACUUCGAUGCGACCACGAAAAUGAGCGGCCCCCCGCGCUCUGUAGUCGGCAAAAUUCUUGCCCAGCCACUUGACGACGAAGGUUAUCCGCUACUUGGUGAGUGCAUGGACGUUACGGCCACCCUCGUCGCGGACGUCUUAUGCAAAUUUUGCAACGUAUCGAAACCAAGCGCAGACAACUAGCUGCGUGCUUAGUGAAGACAUGCUUAGGCAGAAUGUUGCGGCUUUGAUGUAUGUCGCGACUCUUGAUAAGAUCCUGUGUGCAUACUGACAAUCGUCACCAGGUCCGCAUACUUGGGGCGGGGACAGGAUCAACGCCGAACAUGCAUAGUGCGUGCUUCAGCAGAAGCAGGAUGAGCGCGCUGCAUCAAAGCCGGCAAAGUCGAAGUAAGUACUUAGAAACGCAGCAGCUACAAAUCAUCCUCUAGGUUCACUUGCACACUUGUCGCGCGCCUGGCUUACUUUUUUCGUUGCUGCCCCAUAAGUUUCAUUCUCUGACAGCACGAAGCGCCUGACCAUCACACUAAGCACGAAGCUCGAGCCCAACACGGAAUACACCAUCAAGCUCGACCCUAAGUGGAUGAAGAACAGUCAGAUUGGUUGUUUGAUGGGCGGCGACUACGAAUUUACCUUCUGCACGGUCCCAGGUUGUAGCGAAGCCGAUUCCAGUUCGUCGGGUCCGCAGGAACAAGUGCCGGCUGUCGCGCAAGUAGGACCCGCGCAACCGGCUGCAGUGGCGCAGCAGCAGCAGCAGCAACAGCAGCAAACAAGUACUCAGCUACGUUGGAUUUUGUUUUUGGGUCUGCAGUGUAACUCGUUGAACUGUAGCUCUAGCUACAGGGGCGUACGAGAGGCAGCUUCCUUUUUUUCGCGCUAAAAUAAAAAGUGCCAGCAUCAAAAUAGUGACGCGCAGAGGCUACGUAGUAGAUCCAGAUAUGUAGAUCCACGGUGCAUAUAGUUGAUGGUCUACCAUCCCUAUUCAACCUUGCGCAAUUCAAAUUCUUUUCUGAAAUCAGGUAUCCGCGUGUAUGCCCGCUAUGGGUCCCGGAGAAAGAUGCUCGAGGUAGAGAAUCCGCGCGCGGCUGGAAGCUAUACGGCGCUCCUUGCAACGAUUAA